AUGAAUGGGUCCAAAGCUCUGUGUUUGGCACUGUUUUGUGUUCUCUUUGCUUCUCAUAUUUAUAUACCCAUUCCAGGCAACAUUGAAGAACGCUGGAAAGUAAUGGCCUUGGAUGUAGUUGUUAAAACUUUUACAUUUAUGGGUAUAUGUUUUGAAAAUCUAGGUAUUAUAUCAUUUGAAGACUUUAUUUCCAUAAUAUUCAGGCUGGAUUUUACCCAACCACUUUCAGAUGAAUAUGUCACAGUGACUGAUACAGCAUUUACUGACAUUCCAGUGCGUUUGUACUUGCCAAAGAGAAAGUCAGAAACUCCAAGACGAGCUGUAAUCUAUAUUCAUGGUGGAGCUUAUUGUUUGGGAAGUUUCAAGCAGACGGCUUUUGACCUCCUCAACAGAUGGACUGCAAACAAACUUGAUGCUGUUGUUGUAGGAGUGGACUAUAGACUAGCUCCCCAACACCGUUUUCCUGCUCAGUUUGAAGACAGCAUCGCUGCAGUCAAGUUUUUUCUUCAGGAUAAAAUUCUUACGAAAUAUGGAGUGGAUCCCACCCGAAUCUGUGUUUCAGGAGACAGUUCUGGGGGCAAUUUAGCAGCAGCAGUGACUCAACAGGUGCAGAAUGAUCUUAAAAUAAAACAUAAAAUCAAGGUACAAGCUUUACUUUACCCUCAUUUACAGGUAAUUGAUUCUAAUUUGCCAUCUCACAGAGAAAAUAAGGAUGGUGUGUUUCUGACAAGGGAAAUGGCCAUAAAAUUCUUGAGCUUAUACAUCACCGAGGAUAAAACAUUUCCCCAGGCACUGAAAAGAAACCAACAUAUGCCGCUGGAAUCAAGACAUUUGUUCAAGUUUGUUAACUGGAGUACUCUCUUACCCAAGAAAUAUAGAAAGGACUAUGUUUAUACUGAACCAAUUCUUGGAAGAACUAGUUAUUCAUUGCCAGCUCUUAUGGACGUCAGAAUGUCACCCUUGUUGGCCAAUGAUUCCCAGUUACAGAAUUUGCCAUCAACCUAUAUUGUUACCUGUCAAUAUGAUGUCCUGAGAGAUGAUGGACUUAUGUAUGUUUCAAGACUUCAAAAUGCUGGAGUUCAAGUUGCUCAUGAACAUAUUGAGGAUGGAUUCCAUGGAGCUCUAUCAUGUAUGACAUCACCCAUCUAUUUACAUCUAGGUUUCAGGAUAAGAGACAUGUAUAUUAGUUGGCUAGAUAAGAAUUUAUAAAUAUAUAUAAAAUAUAUACAUGGCAUCACUUAGUUGAUUGUAUUUUGUGAUUUUUGUAGUUGUAUUACAAAGAACAAUGCAAUUUGUAUUGUCUAAAUCUAGACUUGAAUCA